CAGGGUGAGGGGAGAGCAGAGAUAGUGAAUGCAGGGUCCAGGGAGACCAGAUAUAGUGAAUGCAGGGUCCAGGGAGAACAGAUAUAGUGAAUGCAGGGGUCCGGGGAGACCGGAUAUAGUGAAUGCAGGGUCCUGGGAGACCAGAUAUAUUGAAUGCAGGGUCCUGGGAGAGCAGAUAUAGUGAAUGCAGGGUCCGGGGAGAGCAGAUAUAGUGAAUGCAGGGUACGGGGAGAGCAGAUAUAGUGAAUGCAGGGUCCGGGGAGGACAGAUAUAGUGAAUGCAGGGUCCGGGGAGGACAGAUAU